AUGGCACAGCGUAAUAAUGGUCAGGGUAGGAGAGGUGGGGUUGUGACGGAUCCAUUCAACCUUGAUGUAUGGGAUCCACUGGAAAUCACACCCAACAUGUGGGACCUCACACUCCCAACUGCUCAUCUGUGGGACCUCAUAUUCCCCAUUCAUAUUUCUGUGGAUUGGCUCGAAACUGAUCAAGCUCACAUCUUCAAAGCUAAUAUACCUGGUUUGAAAAAAGAGGAUGUUAAAGUUGAAGUGGAAAAAGAGCAACGUAUUAUGCGCAUAAGUGGAGAGUUUAAAAAGAAUGAGGUGGACAUAAAUGACAAGUGGCAUCAUUUGGAGAGGCCACGUGGCACUUUCUCUCGUCACUUCCGCCUGCCAGAGAAUGCCAUGUUGGAUCAAGUGAUGGCCAACAUGAUGAAAGGAGUGAUGACUCUGACAAUUCCAAAGGCUGCUGAGAGUAAGCCUAAUGUCAUGUCAAUUGACAUAUCUGAAAAUUAA